UUACAAGCGCGUUAAUGCUUCACUUGUUUCCCCCUCCCCCUUGAAUAAUUACGACCACCAGAAUUUUCUGGAUUUUCGCUUUUUUCUGUUGUUUGGUAUUACUUGUUCGUACUGUUGGUUGUUUUUCAACAGUAACAUUGAAGUACGAAAUCUUCAGUUUCAAUUAUUGGUGCAACAAAUACAUUUAAGUGAAAAAUGUCAUCAGCAGAAACAUUAAUUAAAGAUGCUGAAGAGCUCGUUAGACUUGCCGAACUUACCGAAAGUCCUAACGUGAAGAGAAUCCUUACAACUGAGGCCGAAAAAUUGAAACAAGUUGCUUUAAACGAAGCAAAGAGUUCGGCUCAAAAGAUAACCCGUAAAGCUGUUCGUAGUGAUGUCUAUUCAGCUAAAAUUCAGAAUUAUGGUUGGGAUCAAUCUGAUAAAUUUCUGAAGAUCUAUGUUUCUAUUAGUGGUGUACAUAAUUAUCCAGCUGAAAAUGUUACCUGUGAUUUUGACACCAAAUCAUUUGAACUGCAAAUACUUAUUCCUGAAAAGAAAACUAACAAUGUGUUAUCCAUUAAAAAUUUACUUCAUGAAAUUGUUCCUGCUGAUAGUUAUUUUAAAGUUAAAACUGACAUGGUUGUAGUAUUUUUGAAAAAAUCUUCAUCCCAACAUUGGUCGUACAUAACAGAAACUGAGAAGAAAGCUAAAGAACCCAAGGGACCUAAGCCAAGUGCGAAAGAUGAUCAAGAUCCGAGUGGAGGUCUCAUGACUUUAAUGAAGCAAAUGUAUGAAGACGGAGAUGAUGACAUGAAAAGAACCAUUGCCAAAGCUUGGACCGAAGCACGGGACAAAAAAUCGCCCGACGAAGUGCUCUGAUCUUUUUCUUUUUUUUAAUUAUGUUCACAUUUUUUGUGUAUUUGUUUCCUUUGUGGUUAGAAAUAAAUACUUUUUGUUCAUGC